ACAUCUGUCAAAUUUGUGAUGUUUGUUCCUUAACUCUUCUUUAUUUUCGUUUCAUAAUUAAUAAAAAUAAUUCUUACAAGUACUAAUUAUUAUUACAAGACUUAUUCCAUCUUAUUGUGAAUCAAGUAAAACAUGUAGAAUAUUAAGAAAACUACUCAAAUUUCCGUAAAGUGAAAUUUCAUCAAGAUAACCUCAAAAUUUUCCUAAUACGUUGUGGAUACAUUUUUGGUUUACAUCGUUUACAUUUAAUUUAAUUUAUCCAUAAUUGUUAGUUUUAAUUUAAAUUAGAAAUAAAAUGUGCUCGCCAAUGGAUUCUCCAGGAAUUCGUGCUCUCGAAGCAGCGAGAAAUAUUAAGGAUUUGGCAAUAUUCAAAAAACCAAUUGGAGUUGCCAAAAAGAGUAAUUGUUAUCGAGUUAAAAUAUUAGAUGAGGAUACGUAUAUUGGCAAUAUGGGAAACAUAAUUGAAAGGGAUUUUUUUCCCGAUUUAAAGAAACUAAAAGCCCAAAAUGAAUAUUUGGAGGCUUUGGAGCAAAACGACGUGAAGCGAAUGAGAGAAUUAUACGAAAAAUAUAGUUCAGGUCCACCACCUACAGAACGACCUGCAAGUCCCGCUACAUUUGAAACACCACUUCUCAGGAAUGACGAUACAAUUGAAUGUUCAAGUGAAACACCUAUUAACCAUUCAUCAAUGAAUUCAACAAAAUCAGAAACUCCUAACGAAUCCAAAGUUGGAUUAGACAGCUAUCUUCGAUCCCAUACAAGCGAGGACAAUGCAAGUUUUCAGGAAAUUAUGGCCGAAGUUGAAAAACGACAUAAAUUAAAAUACGCCUGGCUUUAUAAGAAUGAGGAAACAGCGAAAGUACUCGCAAUAGAGAAGGAAAAAUCUCUAGCCAUUGAGAGUGGUGAGAAACCAAAGGAAUUAGAAAUGUGGAAUUAUACGAAUAAAAAUUACAUCAUGUACGUUCCCGAUGGUGUGGAAUUGACGACAGAUGAAAAAAUUGAGAUGGCGAAAAAAAAGCAGGAAGUUGUACACACAAAUACUAGACUCACUGUUAAUCCAUUCAAUGAGCAACAGAAUAAAGAAACAAUCAGUGAAUUGGCGAAAUCACAGUCAAAAGUGAAUGACGGUAAAAUUGGCGUCGAUGGUAAAGAGGUGGUUAAAAAUCAAACGCCUAGAAUUAAUGGAUUUAGUAUUGUGGCAACUCCAAGUCCGCGUCCUGGUGAAUGCGAGAGUCCACUUAUGACAUGGGGUCAAAUAGAAGGCACACCUUUUAGAUUAGACGGAGGUGAUACGCCAUUAUUGAGGGCGAAUCAAGGACUGUCGUUCAGAAUGGCAGAGCCACCGAAAAGAGAACAAAUUGCCUUUCAACUCGCUGAAAAAGCUGGCGAAAGGCACAGGGAUAGGAAAAAUAAAGCUUUGGAAGUUGCUCGCAGAUCCUUAGCAACACCCUCGCCGAAAUCAACAAUGGAUCGUUUAAGUACAAUGUCACCGGCAGCACGAAGGCUGGCAACUCAAAAAUUAAAAAUGUUUGGAACUCCAACACCGAGUAGCAGUUCAAGAUCACGAACACCAUCAAUUGGUGUACGAACGCCGGGAACUCCGGUUCAAUUAACAUUGGGAAAAAAUCGACAAUCUACGCCAGAUAAUGCGAAAAGAAAAAUUGUUUCAUCAACUCUUGAACCCGUAUCAACGGACAAUUUACUUAAACUUCCAAUUCAAAGGCAACGAGCUUCUGAUUUUUUCAAUAAUUAAAAUUAAUGUACCUAUUUUUUUUUCUCCCAUUCGCUUUUAUUUUUUAUUUUCUCGUUAAUUAACCAAAUCAAGGGGAUUUCUUCGUAUCAUUUCUUAU